AUGUCCAAGAGUAAUACAGUCAAGACCAGGGAAAUGGACUAUGACAUAGCCAAGAUUCAAACUGACAUCCCCGCAAAUGAUUUGACUACAACCACAUCCUUAUCAUCCUCAUCGGUCAAAUCACUGCACUCUCGAACCACGCCUAAGCAGAACUCAAUUUUCUAUUACCUCAAUCUAAUCUCGACCAAGCUUGAUUCAUUAGGGGUAGAAACUAGAGGCAUAGAACGUAUCCUACCGCAUGAACGAUCAGCCAACAAGACAAGCCAAUUCAUUAGUGUCCUCGGUCUAUGGUGUUCAGCAUGUGGUGGACUAACAUCAAUGUCUUCAUUUUUCCUCGGUCCUUUAACAUAUGAACUCGGAUUGCGUAAUACGUUGAUUGCCGGGAUAAUAGGCCAAGGGUUAGGAUGUGUACUUGCUGCCUAUUGUUCAAUGAUGGGGCCACGUUCUGGGUGUCGACAAAUUGUGAGUGCUAGGUUUCUUUUUGGAUGGUGGUUUGUCAAAAUCGUGGCAUUGGUGUGCAUUAUUGGAGUAUUGGGGUGGUCCGUCGUCAAUUGUGUUGUUGGUGGACAAAUUUUGGCCAGUUUGAGCAAUGACAAGGUUCCGCUUUGGGCUGGCAUUGUUAUCAUUGCUGGGGUCACGUUAUUGGUUGCCGUUGGUGGAAUCAAACAAUUGUUGAGGGUAGAGACUUUUCUAAGUAUACCGGUAAAUCUUUCAUUCUUGUUGUUGUAUAUUGUUGCCUCGCAAAAGUUUCAGUACUUGACCUUGGAUGACGCGAUACUGGAUCCAGCUACAAUCAAGGGGAACUGGUUAAGCUACUUUUCGUUGUGUUAUUCGAUUACAGCCACAUGGGGUGGUAUUGCUUCUGACUAUUAUAUCUUGUUUCCUGAAGAUACCCCCGAUGUGCAAGUGUUUAGCGUUACUUUUUUGGGAACGUUUGUGCCCACCACAUUUGUCGGUGUGAUUGGAUUGCUCGUUGGUAAUGUGGCUUUAACCUAUAAGCCGUGGGGUGAUGCAUAUGCGAAAUGGGGUAUGGGUGGAUUAUUGAAUGAAGCAUUUAAACCGUGGGGUGGCGGGGGCAAAUUCCUCCUUGUUGUCAUGUUUCUUUCUUUAAUUUCAAACAAUAUUCUCAACACCUACUCGGCAGCUUUUGAUAUACAAAUGGCAGGAGCUUGGUUGGCGAGAGUUCCACGUUGGUUCUGGGCAAUUGUGGUCACUGCUAUUUACUUGGUGGCGGCAUUAGUCGGUCGCGAUGAGUUUUCAACAAUUUUGGGCAAUUUCUUACCCAUGAUUGGAUACUGGAUCUCCAUGUAUUUCAUAUUGUUGUUAGAAGAGAACACAAUUUUUAGAACUGAUAGGUUUAAACAUUUAUACGAAUUGGAGUUUGCUGAAGAAGGGUCGUAUGACGCACCAUCAUUGACUUAUGAGUUCUACAAUAUUGAUGAUGGGUACAACACAAACAAUGGACAAACUCAAAAACACCAUUAUAAUUUCAAAAUAUGGAACGAUUAUCACAAGUUGACACAUGGAUGGGCCGCUGCUGCAUCGUUCUUAAUUGGUGCCACUGGUGCUGCUGUUGGAAUGGCGCAAACUUAUUGGAUUGGACCCGUUGCACGUCGAAUCGGAGGCGAGUAUGGUGGCGAUAUUGCCAUGUGGUUGUGUAUGGGAUUUAGUGGGCUUGUUUAUCCCGUAUUGCGGUACAUUGAGUUGAAGUAUUGUAAGCGUACAUUCAUACGACAAAACUCAACCACGGCGCAAUCAUACAUCCGUCCCAAACCAAAACUUUAUUCACUUUUAAAAACACCAACAACAAAAUCACUAAUCUUGUCACUUAUAUGUACUUCAGUAAUGAUUGAUUUAUUAAAAAUCCGUCGUGAUUUAGAUUCGUUACAGAAAUCAUAUACGAUGAAAUUUGCAUUAUUGGGCGAAAUUAUAACCAAAUUGACUAAUGGUGAUUUAAUUGAUUUGAAUAAGGAGUUGAAAUUAGCUAAUGCGUUUACUAGUGGCAGCAAGUACGCAUCGGUUAAUGAUGUUGAAUUGGAUCAGGAAUUAGAGGAGUUUUUGCGGUUGGCUGAGUUGGAUGGCGAUGUGCAAGAGAGUAAAGAGCAAGGUGGCACUUAUUUAUAG